CAGCAAGGUAUUUGAGUAUUUCAUAAUUUGCCGUUUGCUGCACAACACUCGAAAAUUCUUCUGAAGAAUGCGCACCUUUUUAGACUCGACACAUUUUAAGCUUUCACUGCUGCUGAUGCUCUCAAUGGCGGCGUGUGUUUUUAGCGCUUACGGUGUGAUGGACGACUGUAGCGAUGACAGUUGGCAGUUAUAUAAGCUCCAAUUCCGAAAGCAAUAUCGUUCAUCGGUGGAGGAUGCGCGUCGUCGCGUGAUUUUCUGCAAUAAUAUACACAUGAUUUAUGAUCACAAUGAACGUUAUAAGAGAGGUGAAGUAACUUUCGAAAUGGGCGUUAACCAGUUUGCCGAUUUGACAAGUGAUGAAUUUCGUCGUUGGCUGCACGGUGGAAGUAUCGGUGCUGAAGCUUUAGCUGGCAGAAGUAUAAGUGCCACGAGUUUCAUGAGAACUAGACGAUUUUAUUAGAUGCAGAUAUUGAUAGGAUAUAUUAUUUGUAUUAAUAGUUGUGUAUUUAUAUUUACUUGUAUUUGUUUAAAAUCUUUA